UUAAUCAUAAUGAGAAAUAACCAGGGGCCGAGCUUCGUGCCUGUGGGACGCCUAAUGGAAUUGCGCCCCAUUCCGAGAAGCAGUCUUGCCCAAGCUUAACUCUUUGUCGGCGACGCAAAUUUCCCUUUCGUAAACGGUCGUUGCCAAUUAUAACGGUCGUUGUCAUUCCUGAGAACCGUCGUUGCCAUUUUAAACCGUCGAUGCCAAAUCGAAAACCAACCGAACCGACGACUUCCUUCGUGACUAGUUCGAGAGUGAUUUUCGCUCAAGAGUGUUGUAUGACGUCAUUACUUGGAUGGCUCAAGAUGGCGGACAAACCUGAUUUUCUCAAAGAUCUAAUAUCUUCAGCUAUAAAAGAAGUGCAUUCGAAAAAGAGAUCGUUUGAAUUAUCCGAAAUUACAGAUGAGUAUUUUUUGGCCUCGCUCCCAGAUGAUUCUUUUUACUACCUGAAGUCAAUUUCAGGAAAUAGACAGAACUUCAAGGCCCACGUGUUGACUGAAGAUAUUACAGAAGAAAACCUGGAGCUAUGGAUAUCUGAGUACGAAGUCAUUAAUAACGUUUCCAUCAAGCUCAAGACAAAGAAAAACCCCACGAGUGGCUACGUGCUUCAGAAUUAUUAUAGGUGUCAGCAUAAUACUCGCAACUGGAGCCCAAGUAAGGACCCACAGAAAAAAUUACAUAUCAAUCCUUCUGCUAGAGUGAAAAACACCAACUGUCCCUUCCAGAUGAUUGUCAAAUUGGACCACAAGGGGUGCUGCUCAUUGGAUAUUGAGUGGGAGCACAACCACUCCCUUGAAACUUUGGAGGCAUCAAACUUUCUGGACCUGACUCCUGAGUGUACAGAAAGAGUAUUGAAAAUGUAUGAAAGUGGGCAUACACCAGCAACUGCAAGACAACAAUACUUGAAAGAGCUCAAGGAAUCAUGUAAUGACGAUUUGGAAUUUCAUCGAAAGAAGGCUAAUCGAGCAGUUGUGCCAAGAAGAAGGAACUUUAGCUACCUUUACACACAAUAUGGCAAGGAUAGGUAUGGAGGACAAGGGGUAAUGAUGUACCAGAGACUGGCUGAAAGGCUUGAACAAUAUAGCAAAGAUAACCCUGAUGCUACCACUCACCACCAAGUGUACGGGGGGGAGGACAAACCUCUUUUGGUUGCUAUUGUUACACCCCUUAUGAAGCGUGUACACAAUGAAGUUCAGCAGUCUGUAGAAAUGGUGUUUGUGGAUGCUACUUCUAACACUGAGGAGCACAAUCUUAAAGUGUUUGUUAUGUGCACACAUAAUGUUUCAGGGGCACUUCCACUCGAUAUUCUGAUAGCUAGUGAUGAGCGAGAGUCCACAUUAAAGCAGGGCUUUAAAAUGCUCUGCUCGUGCUUACCUGAAUAUGCAUUCAAUGGUCGUGGAAAGGAAAAUGGACCAAAAGUCAUACUUACCGAUAACUGUAAAGAGGAACGAAAUGCUCUGAAGUCUAUUUGGCCCCUAUCCACCUUACUUCUAUGCACAUUUCACAUGCUCCAACAACUUUGGAGGUGGCUUCAUGAAAGCAAAAACAAUGUCAACCUUGCUGAUAGACCAUUCAUUCUCAACCUUUUCAAGAAAUCACUAUAUGCAGAGACAGAACAAGAAUUUGAGAACAGCUUUAGCGAACUUUUAAAUGAUGACCAUUGCAUGGAAAACCCCACUUUAGUAAGCUAUUUACAAAAACUUUACAAUGACAAAGAAUCUUUUGCUCUAUGCUUUAGAAAAGAACUGCCUGUUAGAGGGAACCACACAAACAAUUUUGCUGAGGCUCAGUUUCUGGUUCUUAAAGAUAUAAUUCUGCGGCGAACAAAAGAGUACAAUGUUGUUGGGCUUCUGGACAAGCUUACAAUUGAUUUAGAAGACCACUACAAGAAUAAACUCCUCAGUAUUGCUGAUGGGAGUUUUGAUGGCACUUAUAGACAUCGAUUCAUGGGGAAAGGGAAAGGGAAAGGGAAAGGAAGCUUUGGGUUUAAUGUCCCAGAUAGAAAAGAACUUGAUGGCUACCUUUCUUCUGUUGAAAGUUUUGGUAAUAAUACUUUCAAAGUUGGAAGCUCUUCAGAUGGCAGUCAAAGGAGCAGUGCAUGAUGCAAUAUACAAUGCCAUUACUGCAUUUCGAUUUUCUGUUACAUGGUGAUUCGGAGGCGCAGAAACCGGUGAACUUGUAGGCAACUUCCUUCUCUCCCAACUUCAGGACCUCAAUAUGAACGUAGGACUCUACCGCGACGACGGACUAGCCAUCACCAACGCCACACCCAGAGCCACCGAAAACC